UAAUCGAAUUAGAAAUGUAAUGAACAUCAAAAAUAUUAUUCAUAAAAAUUACCGUUUUCAAAAUUUGUGUAGAUAAGAAUGCAGUUUUAAGUUUUUUUAAAUUGCACAUUCAUUUCAAAACCCUAUGCAGUUUUAAGCAAGGCCAUUCGCAUAAUGUACGCGCCCUGUACAAGAACCUGCCUCCGGGAUGAUCGCAUUGGCGAAAGCCAGCUUGCUAGAACUGUGAAAUUCAACAAUGGCGUUAAAGUGCCCAUCAUAGGAUUAUCCACUUCUGGGAUGGAGGCCCAUAUUACAACACGUUGCAUAAGCGAAGCUAUUGAAAGUGGCAUGCGACACAUAGACUGUGCGCCGAUUUUCUGCAAUCAAGAGGAAAUAGGAAUAGCUAUAAAGGAGAAAAUCGACAAGGGGCUCAUAAAAAGAGAUCAACUUUUUAUAUCCAGCAAGCUUUGGAAUUCGCGUCAUCAUCCGAAAUUCGUGCGUCCAGCAUUAGACGAAACCUUAAAGCAGUUAAAACUCGACUACCUCGACAAUUACGUUAUUCAAACUCCAAUGGGUUUCAGAGAUGGUUUAUUAAACUAUCCACGCAACUCAAGAGGCGAACUAGUAUAUUCCGAUGUUGAUUAUAUAGAUACCUGGGCUGCCAUGGAGGCGCUGGUUGAUGGUGGUCUCGUACGAUCAAUUGGUUUAGCCAAUUUCAAUGCAGAGCAAAUCGAACGCAUACUAGAAGUGGCACGAAUACCGCCAGCCAAUUUACAAGUGGAAUGCCACCCUUAUUUGACACAAAACAAGUUAAUGGAUUUAUGUUGCAAGCAUAAUAUAGUUUUUAUGGCUUACGGGACAAUAGGUCCAUCACAAGAAAUGGAUAAUGUCGUUCGACUGACUAAACAUCCGAAAAUUCUAUGCAUGGCCGGAAGGUAUGCGAAAAGCCCGCAAGAAUUAUUGUUACGUUAUCAAGUGCAACGUGGCAAUAUUGUAUUAAUAAGAACAACACGUAAAAAGCAUAUGAUACAAAAUGUAAAUAUUGAAAAAUUUCGGUUAAGACGGGAAGAUGCGGAAAAACUCGAUCUAAUGAAUUGCAAUCUUCGCAAAGAAACCCUGUCUUAUGGCUCCAUGCAUCCUUAUCACCCGUUCGAGAAUGAUUGCGUUUAAACCGUUGCAAUAUCGCAUAUUGAUGUUACGCCAGGUAUAAAAAUAAAAAUCAAUAUAUGAGCCAAAUGCGAUUGAGUGCAAUUGAGUAUAUACAUAAAGCGAAGAUAUGGCUAAAAAAGAAAAAUUACGAAAAAGUCAAUCAAAAUUAUACAGAAUAGUUCAAUUUUUCCUCCUUUCGAAACAGAAAACAAAAUUAGCCUGCACAAAAAAUUAAACACAAUAUGCCAAUAACCACACCAAAUUAAUAAUUACAUACCUACAUUUUAAGAACAAUAAGAAAUAAAUAUAAAUAAAGAAUGCAAAAAUUUAA